GGUAACUAAAAAAGGCGUACAUAAGCCUAAAAAGAACAGUAAGAAGGGUCAUACUGCAAUUAAGGGGCCAUUAGGGCUUUUUGGGUCACCAGUGCAUGUGGGGUCAGUUAGGAGAGUGGGGCAUAUGGAUCUUUUGGCAAGUCUGAGGAAAAGAUUGAUAUCUAGGUAUAAUUUAAGGGGGUAUACUACAGGGACUAUGAUGUUCAGGGGUACGGCUGGGGAGUUCUCAGGGCAGCUUGUUUCUCCCUGCGUUGCUCCUACUUUUCCUUUUGUGUUACAGGUUCCCAGCACUGCAGAAGGGGCGCAGGAUGGUGAAGUAGAUGCUGGCAGGGCAUCAAAAGGCAGACCAACGGCUGGAGAGCAGGUUAUGGUGGGUGCAUCCGUAUCCUCGCAGACCGGGACGGCAGCAGCCGGAGUGGUAUCGGCACCUGGAAGCGUGCUGACAUCACAGUUGUCCAUCCAACUGCUGUGCACACAAAGGCAGGACGCCAAGUACAUUACUGAUUAAGGAGUUGCUGUAUAAAAGAAACUCAUAAACAAAACGGUUGUAGAUGACUGAGAGCUGAUCAGUAUGGAGGUUCUUGGGGUAUCAGCAGUAUUGCUCAUAGCAUGUGUGGUUUUCUUUCUGCUAAACAUACUACAGACUAGCAGGCUACAAGGCAAAGGGAAAUUGCCCCCUGGACCCACACCAUUGCCUAUUUUAGGUAACAUCCUGCAGAUAUGUGGCAAAGACGCCUUCAAAUCUUUCUUUAAGCUCGGUGAGAAGUAUGGUCCAAUAUACACCAUUUACAUGGGCCAGAAUCCGAUAGUGAUACUUGCUAGCUGUGAUGCAGUGAAGGAAGCUCUCAUUGAUAAUGCGGACAAGUUUAGUGGCCGUGGGUACAUGCCAUCAAUGCAGAGGAUAACCUCAGGACAUGGGGUUAUUUACAGUAAUGGGGAACGAUGGAAACAGUUACGUCGUUUUUCAUUGAUGACUAUGAGGAAUUUUGGAAUGGGAAAGAGAAGCAUAGAAGAAAGAAUUCAGGAGGAGGCUCAGUUUCUUUUGGAAGAGUUUCGGAAGACAAAAAGUCAUCCAGUGGACCCCACAUUCUAUUUCAGCAAGGCUGUCUCCAAUGUUAUUGCUUCUAUAGUUUUUGGAGAACGGUUUGAAUAUGAAGACAAACACUAUCUUUACCUCCUUGAUGCAUUUAACAAGAUAUUCAGUGGAUUUAGUUCAGUCUCAGUACAGAUGUACAAUGUUUAUCCGAACAUCAUGAAUAAAUUACCAGGACUACACAACCAAAUGUUUAAGUGUUUCGAACAAAUUCAGACAUUUGUUGCCCAAAGAGUCAAAACCCAUCAAGAAACACUGGACCCCAGUUCUCCUAGAGAUUUUAUUGAUUGCUUCCUUAUAAAGAUGGAACAGGAAAAAGAUAUGCCAGAAUCUGAGUUUCAUAUGGAUGCCUUGCUGAACACCAUGGUAGAUUUCUUUGCUGCCGGGACUGAAACCGUUAGCACCACCUUACGGUAUGGCCUCUUAAUCCUACUCAAGAAUCCAGAUGUGGAAGAACGUGUUAAAAAAGAAAUCGAUCAAGUCAUUGGCCAAAACAGAGCACCAGGCAUUGAAGAUCGUUCUAAAAUGCCCUACACAGAUGCUGUCAUCCAUGAGAUUCAGAGAUUUAUUGAUCUCAUACCCCUUGGGCUCCCACACAAAGUAACUUGUGAUGUUUUUUUUAGAGACUAUGUCAUUCCUAAGGGAACCACUGUCUACCCAAUAUUAAGCGCAGUCCUAAGGGACCCAAAACAGUUUAAAAAUCCAAACCAAUUCAAUCCUGGACAUUUCCUAGAUGCUAAUGGAAAAUUCCGCAAGAAUGAUGGUUUCAUGCCCUUCUCCGCAGGUAAGCGGAUCUGUGCCGGAGAGGGUCUUGCGCGGAUGGAACUCUUUCUUUUUAUUACCACAAUAUUACAGAGCUUUACCCUCAAAUCCAUAGUGGACAUUGAAGAAUUAGAUUUAACCCCUCAGAUAAGUGGAUUUGGGAGUGUUCCUCGUCCCUACAAAAUCUGCUUCAUCCCUCGAUAAUUAAUAUUGCAAAGAUUAUGUUCUAUUCUACAAGUGGAGCGGUAACUAACACUUCUGCUAGACUGUUAACUUUGCUAGACUUUUAUUUUUUGCGUUCAUAGAGUAGCGCGGGCGGGGGCGAGAGGGACACCUGCCCAGGGCCCCGUGCUUUGGGGGGGGCGCACUUUCAGGGGUGAGUGUAUGAGAAGGUGCAAUCUAUAGUCUGUAUUUAGUUUAUGAAGAAAUGUUUAUGGUAUCAGGAGGUGUGAUAAAUACUUUUGUUCUUUAUAUACAUAACACUGAAUGUUAGGACAGGAGUGGGCCAUAAGGAGGGCGGGGCAUACAGAGGGAGGGCAAUAAGAGCACUGGGCUGUGGGGCCCCGAAAAUUUGCCUUGCCCAGGGCCCCGCAGAUGCUAAGGGUGUCCCUACAAGUUGAAAGUAAAAAGUUAGCAGCAGCGUUAACAUAUUCUCCUCAUAGACUUCAUUGGAGCGUGCUGUUCAUAAAAACCUAACACCCAUAAACCUGCGCUAACCCAAACUGAGUCAUUUAUUUUAAACAUUCCAAUGUUCUUCACAUUAAAAUAUUUGUAUAAUUAUAUGUAUAUAUUUCUAUGUACAUCUGUAUAUAUACCUAUAACUGUAUAAAUUUAUAUACUUAUAUAGGUAUAGAUAUAUAUUUUAAAAAAAUAAUCAGAUAUACAGUAUAUCGUUAUCGUUAUCAAAUUAGUUUUGUUUUUUUGGUAUCUUUUAUUGAAGAGUAAAACUAGGUAGGAUCAUACAAGCUCAGGAGUGCACAUGUCUUUAGUACUCAUUGUAACAUUAUAACAAAGCUACAAAUAAUGUUGCAAAACACGGCUGCCAUAGAGAACUAAAGACACGUGCGCACUCCUGAGCAUACCUACUUUUACUCUUUAAUAAAAGAUACAAACAGAACAAAGAAACAUUGAUAAAAUAAGUAAAUUGGAAAGUUGUAUAAAAUUGCUGUUCUAUCUGAAUCAUGAAAGUUUAAGACAUCUGUAUAUAUUAUUUUUGUACAUGAUGAUUGUAUCAAAUAAUUCCUUAUAUUCAUGUUGUUUCAAAAUGAAAAGAAAAUA